AUGAAUCUCCCUAUUUUGACUGCCGUCCUUCUUGGACUCAUCCUGACUCCAGCCCUUGCUGAUUAUCAUCAACAGACUGAGCUAAGCAAGAAAAUCUCCUUUAGUGGAGGCUACCAGCUUAUGACCAUCAACAGGUAAUGGCUCAUGGCAAGUGUUGAGCAAAAGACCAACCAUGGGUCCUGGAAAACCAUCUGGAACUAUGACAUAGGUUUUAUGGCAACCAAAGUGCUGCCAGAGAAAACUUGCUAUCUUUCCAUAAUGAACAGAACAGAGAUGCCCAGCUUUGAUGCACUCCCUCAGCUGGCUCAAGACAUCAGGAACCAGAAUUAUCCAAGACCCCCUUCAAAGGAGAUCACAUUCACCCUCGUCAAGAGAACAAUUCGUGACCUUGAAUCAUAUGGACCAGACAUUUUCUCCAUGUGCAGAGGACUCUCAACUUCUGUGGCUUAUGAAGUUCAUGGACCACAAUUCAGUCUUGGAUCAUGCAUCAAACUCGAUGUCCUUCAGUAUUUGGCCCUCACGUACUGCCAUAAGGAUAAUUUUGUGUAA